GUUUUGGAUAUAAAGCAGCAAUCAGGAGACCCAGUAAGACCCGAAACCAUGUUAUAUAGUCUAUAGAGUAACAUUUUCCCAAAUAACGAGCUAGUAAAUACCUGCAAUAUCACCAAGGUUCAAGGACUAAAAGUUUCCGCAGACAGUUGUGAAGCGAAUCCCAACAAGAUGUUAGAUGACGGAGAAUAUUCUCCUUCGACGGUGGCGGCAGCAGAGCCUUUUGCCUGCAUCGACUCGCUCACCCCUAUGACAAAGAAGAAGAAGAAGAAUAAAAGAAGGUUUAGCGAUGAACAAAUCAGAUCAUUGGAAACAAUGUUUGAGUCAGAGGCAAGGCUCGAGCCACAGAAGAAGCUGCAGAUGGCAACAGAGCUUGGGUUGCAGCCACGACAGGUUGCAAUAUGGUUUCAGAAUAAGAGAGCUCGAUGGAAGUCAAAGCAUCUCGAACAAGAAUACAGCAUACUUCGAGCCAAUUACGACACCCUGGCUUCCAAGUUUGAAGCUGCCAAGAAAGAAAAGCAGGCCUUGGUUGUACAGUUGCAGAAGCUGAAUGAUCUGAUGCAAAAGCCGCAGGUGGAAAGGCAUUGCAAGCCAGAUCUAGCUGCAAACAGCACGCAAAGUGAACCAGGAAAUGGAGACGCGACCGGAUGUGAAUUGGAAACAAAGCCAACCUUGUCAACGGAUAAAUCAGGACAUGGACUAGGUGUCCUGUCAGAUGAGGAUACCAGCAUAAAGGCAGAGUACUUUGGACUGGAAGAUGAACCCAACCUUCUGAAUAUGGUGGAUGCCGAUAGCUCCUUGACAUCACCUGAAGAUUGGAGCAGUUUGAACUCUGAUGGUCUCUUCCACCAAUACAAUAGUGAUUCUCAGUGGUGGGACUUCUGGUCUUGAAUGAAAAUGCUCAAUAAAGCAUGGAGGUUGUGUAUGCAAAAUAAUCUUCCUUCUGUUCAAAUAUUCUAUCUGCUUCAUGAAGGGGAAGGUAUACACUCUACAAAAAUGAUUUCAGGAGCAAUGAAUGUAGCUUUUUUGAACCGUAGACAAAGUCCAUCUAUCUGCUUCAUGAGAUUGCAAAAGCUGCUAAUGUCGACCCCAAUUAACCAAAUGCGGCUCAAAGUUGCAGUUCCCAAUUGUUUGGGCCACGAAGUAUAAUUUGGAGACUUGUAGUUAAGGAACUGAAAAAAUAAAAACUGCCAUGGGGAGUAGGAAUCUACACAGAGUUAAUAUGCAGACUUAAGGGCUCGGGAAAAAAUAGAGAGAAAUCAUUCACAAGUAGUGGUCUCCAAAAUAGACAAAUGUACUAGUUCAAGUAGAAUUUUGAAGGAGUUGGUAUCAUGGUAAAAAAUAAGAAAACCCCAUAUUUAGUCU